UUCAUAUGGCAGAUGACUAAAGAGUCCAAAACCAGUCCAGACUUCCAGAGUGGACUUAUAAUUUUUCCUAAUUUUUUUCAAGAGAUCGGUAAACAUGGCUGGAAAUAUAAAUCAAAGACCAUCUAAAGGAUUUCAACCAGAUUCUGAUGUGCAUAUCACUUUUGAAGAUCAACAGAAAAUAAACAAAUUUGCUAAACAUAAUGCUCGAUUAGAAGAUUACAAAAUUGAAUUGGAUUUAAAUAAAAAUAUUUUGCAAAAUUUGGAAGAUGGAAGUGAAGAAUUAGAACUUUGUGAUAGUGAUGAGGUUGUACCUUUUCUAUUUGGUGAAAUUUUUAUUUGGAACAAUUUAUCUGUAACACAAGAACUUUUGGAAGCGGAAAAGAAAAAAACUAAACAAGAAAUGAAUGAGAUCGAAUUAAAAUGUCAGGAACUUACCAAAGUAAUGGCUGAAUUAAAAGCUCAACUUUACAGCCGUUUCGGAAGUAACAUUUCUCUUGAAAAUGAUUAAAAAUUGAUAAAUUACAUUUUUGGAAAAAAAUAAAAAUUUUUCGUGACGUUUAAA